AAAACAGGCUUUUUGCAUUUAAAAACAGGCUUUUUGCAUGUUCAAACCAAAGCGGAAUAUGAAUAUUGCUCCAAAGCGAAAUGUGUUUUAUUAUGUGUGCUGCAUGUGCAUGAUAGAAGUGUGAGAGAGAGGAGAUGUUGUUUCUCUGCUGUGAUCCGGUGCGUUUCUCUGAAUGGGCUAUGAGAUAUAAUAAAUUCGGAUCAUGCAAGGUAACCAUCACAAUUAUACCAGGACGGUGUGAUGAUGAUGAUGAUGAUGGUGAUGGUGAUGAGGAGGAAGGCAUCAUCAUUUCGGACUGAUGAAAAUAUAAAUGGGUCUGCCCCAAAAUGGAUUCUCAGUUGGCUUCAGUCCUGACCAGUUGCAGCCUGGAUGUCCAAAAUGGCAGCCGAUGUGCAGAGGGAUCAGGGCCAGUGACAGAGGCUUUUUUGGACCCAAAGGAAGAAAUCUCACCCAGUACUGUACCAGGUAACCUCCAGCCGUGCCCUGUCAGAGCAGCACUGACCAGCAGCCAGGCUGCUCCAUCAAUCAAUGGGAAUAAGCCAGAGGUGGGCGGGACUUGUGAGCCGGCCUCUCAGGAAACAAGUAAGAUCGGUGUGCUCAGGCAGCCAAUCACGGUAAAGACUGGGGUGCCUGUGUUACGCAGCCGGCCAAUCAGACUCAAAAUUGUCGUUCCCCCACGGUGCAAGAGGCCAAUCACAAACUCUGCCAUCAGCCUGACCAAAGACUUUGCUCUCUCGCAUUUUAGGAGAUCUGUUUCGGUCUCAGCUGGAGCAGGAAAAAACAAAAAUAAAAUCCUAAUAUCUGCUGUUAAAAAUGAAGGAGAAAUCAAGGAAGUUACUGAGGAAGCUAAGCCAGAAUCAUUCCACGAAGCAGAGGCAGCGAGGGGGGACACAAUGUGCAAAGAGAGACGUGUUUCAGGUGUUAAAAUCAUUCACACUGAUGGGUCACAAACUCCUUUCAUUUCAAGCACUCAUACAAUUACAAUUUUGAGUCUGAAAGGGAUUAAAGAGGAAACCACAGAGAGAGACAUUGAGGAAAAUAGUCCUCUAUUUUUGCAAGAAAUGGACUUAAAGUCUUGCAGGACGUUUGCCGAGCAGGGAGCGGAGGAGCAGACAGAACCGCUGGACUUGAGUUUGCCCAAGAAGAGAGAGAGUCGAGAGAGGAGGUGUGAACGCCUUCUGGACGACUGCGGCUGCGAAAGCUCGCUGAUUAUGGAGGUCGACGAAUACGAGGGAGAAGGAGACAGGGAUGUAGUAGAAGAGGACGAUGGCGGUGAAGGAGAGGACUCUGUGCUGCGUACGGACGCCACAGAUACACUUGAAGACUCUCUCCUGUCUCCCUCUUUCUUCUCCAGCUCUGUCUUCACCUCCCUCCCCUCGAUAGACACCGAAAACCUUCUCCUCAUAGACGACCAGGGAAUACCGUACACGCUCAGUCCAGAUGGAUUAAAAGUGCCGCAGGUCGAUGCUUCCACGUCAGAGGAUCAGGUAGAAGGAACGGGGUCGCCGCAGUUGUCCGCGUCAGCAGAUCUUAGCCUCAGCCAAAGUUUAGAUAAUGCACUAAAAGCACCUUCUGAUCAUCUUUACAACUUACCAGCUCCUGCUGCUGAUUCUCCAUCACUAAGUGUCGAUCAGACAAAGACUCCAGAAGUCGUCACGAGUUCGAUUACAAACUCAGAUCCCUCUAAGACCACAGAGCCGAGUGUUAAAUUGGUUCAGGAGGCUAAUGCUGUUAUAUCAAUCCCCAGCCAGCCCAUUCAGAUCCUCACAAACCCGUCUACUAACGUUCCUAUUCUCCUCCUGUCGUCCUCCUCUUCCUCUCCUCAGCUCUCCUCGCUUCCCCUCUCAGUUACUCAGACCUGCCCUGGUGCUUCCACCCAAAUGUUCCUCCUCCUCUCAUCUGUACCCUCUUCCUCUGGCGACUCUACCUCCACCCCUAUCGCUGUCCUCGACCCUUCCACCGGCCAGUUGUCCCAGAUCACCGCGGCCUCCGCCCCCAUCUCCCUCCCUUUGUCCUCCGGUCAGGUCACCGCGUUAGGAUCACCUCUGCCCACGCUGUCCCACCCCGUCAUCAGGCUGAGCCCCAACAACCCCCCUGAAGUCCUGUCACGAGUGACCGGUGUAAACUCCGUCUCUGUUCUCACCUCCUCCUCUCCCGCUCUUCAAAACGACCGCCACAGCACAAACCUCCAUUCUCAAACCAGCUCUUCCGAUUCAAACCCUGGAAGCGAAGCCAUAUCUGCUGAAGAAGUCUCAAGUGAAAACAACAAGCCAUCAACUUUAACAGCGUCCUCUCCGCACCCACAGUCCGCUAGCUUGACCUUUGACCCCUCAGCUCAGCCCAGCUCGGAGUCCCAGUCGCCGGCCUCGGAGUCCAGAUUUGACCCGUCUGACCUGCACUCGGAACAUUUACCUCUGGACGACCAUCUUUACUUCUCCAGCGCUGCCGCUCCUCCCUCCCCUCCCAUCGGAGCCAUCCUCGCCUCCGAUAAGCUCGACCCCCUCGACCCACUGGAUUCUCUCUCUCCGGAGGAAUCGCCCGACGCCAUGGCCGCCCGCAGGGUGCUGUACUGCCAGCUGUGCCCGCGUGUCUUCUUUUACCUCUCCGACCUUGAGCGCCACGCCAUCACACACUCGCAGAAGAAGCCUCACGUCUGCCAGCAGUGCGGCAAAGCCUUCAAACGCUCCAGCCAUCUGCAGAGGCACAAGCACAUCCACACAGGCCAGAGGAACUUUGUGUGCCCCAUCUGCGCCAAACGCUUCAGGGAGGCCGGUGAGCUCCAGCGCCACCAGCGGGUCCACACCGGAGAGAAACCCUACCAGUGCCAACUUUGCCACACGCGCUUCGCGGAGCGCAACACGCUACGCCGACACACCAAACGCAAACACCCUUACCACCAAGUAGCCAUGGAAAUGUUGAACGAGAGAAAAGAUAGAGGAGGAGGAGGAGGAGGAGGCGGAUCCGGAGUACAGGAGGAAGAAGAGAGUGCUGAGUGGUACAGCUCCACUGUGUCUCAUUUGGAUAACUCCGAGUCUGAGAUGGAAACUUAAGAGAUAGACUCCAAAGUGAAGGAAAGGAGGAUGUAACUCUGGUGAGACACUAAACUUUCCUCGUUAAUUAACGUUUAAAAAAAAGGGAGCACUUGCAAUAUUUAUUUCAAUGUUUUUAAGCUAAUUUAUUUAUAUGAAUGUGUAUUAUUAUUCCCAUUCCAUUUAGUGGGCAAAACUUCAGCCUUCGAAGUCAUACAUGAUUUUGACAUUAGCUUUCCUGUAUGAAAAAAAGGUGCAUACAUUUUUAUAUGUAUAGGUAAAGCUUCAAAAUCAUGUUUUUUAUUCAGAUUAUUAAUUCGACUGCUAAAUUGCAUUCUCAUACAAUCCAAUAUAAAACCCUCAAGUGCUCAGAAAAGGAUAACUUAUUAGCUCUAAAUGCUCUAGUUGUGUAUAUAAAAAAUACUAUUUGUAAGAGCUGCACUUCUGCACUAUCUUAUGUGAAAGAUGUAAUCUAUCUUUCCUACCGUCAGAGACACUGUGAGUCAUUUGCACUUGUUUUAUUUCAAUAUUCACUUUUUUUUUUUUUUACAUUGUGAUGGAAUAUGCUUACUUUAUCUUUUACUGCAGCUGUCGAUUUUAUGUAUUUAAUUCAUAUCAUGUGAGAGUUUGACCAAAUGUUUUUGGAGUUAUUCUAACACAAACACUAUAUUCAGAUUGUUUUUGUUUAAUGUGAAUUAUGUUAAUUUAUUUGAAUAAAAUUUCUCAACUGUAA